AUGGACUGUUUGCGUGCGCCAGCGCCAUUUCUAGUGGCGCCAGGACGGCCGACCACGCCCUGGUCCCAGUGGCUUGGCGAGUUCAGGAUUUUCGCCGUGGCGAGUGGUUGGGACGAGUGGACUGUGCAGCGACGAGAGGCCCUCCUAUUACACUGUGUGGGACAGGAGGCGCGGCGUCUCUAUUUCGCGGCGGCGAAACCGGCGCAGGGCGUGGCACCGGGAGCGCAGGAGGCGGCGAUUCCGGCGCAGGAGGAAGAUGGCGUCAAGGAGGAAGGACAACCGACUGCAGCAGUCGACCCGGUGGCUGCGAUCUCUGCAGUGUUUCAGCGGCUGUUUCCGGAGACACGAGCGACUCAUUCCGAGAGAAUGCUGUUCCGGCGGUGUUACCAGCUGGACAGGUCUCCAGCGGUGUACCUCACUGAGCUGCAGGACCUGAGUUCCAGGUGCGCCUUCGGCGAUCUCCAGGAGCAGCUGAUCUGUGAGCAGUUCAUCGAGGGCUGCAGGGACGACAGGUUGAGAGGGCGGCUGUGUCGGGAGCCAGCUCUGACUGUGUUGCGCAUCCUCGAGGUGGCAGAGGAGCUGGAGGUGGCUGCUGAGCGACAGCGGCUGGUGGGUGGAGGUGGAGCUACGCGGGCACCAACCUCUCCCCCGGCUCAGCUGGAGAUAGCUGCAGUGACUGCUGCUCCCAGGAAGGGGGUCUCGCCGUGCUGCAACUGUGGCGGUCCCCACCGGACUGCUGAUCCCUGCUGUCCAGCUCGUUGGAGAAGGUGCCACAACUGCCAGCAGAAGGGCCACUACGCCAGAUUCUGCAAGGAACCACCUAAGAAGACGAAGCAGACCAAGAGGAAGCCAGUGAGGACUGUUGAAGUGCUGGCCGUGACGGAUGACGACCGGAAGAACCUGUGGACCGAGCUGCGGGUGGACCAGCAGCCACUGCGGAUGCUGGCUGACACUGGCUCGGCCGUGAGCAUCCUACCGUUGUCCGUCUACAGGAAGCAGUUCCGCCAUCUGCCCCUCCUGCCCACUGCAGUGCGCCUGGAGGCCUACGGAGGGUCAUCGCUGCUGGUGCAGGGGGUGGUGCAGGUGACAGUGCAGGCGGAGAACGGCAACAGCUCCCAAGUUUCACUGUACGUGGUAGACGCUGGCGUGCCCCUGCUGGGCAGGGAUCUGCAGGAGAAGCUGAAGUUGUCCGUGAUUCACGGGGCGACUGUGUGUGCUAUCAAGGAGGAGCAGAUGCUAGAGGAGCUGCCGAGUCUCACUGGGUUCGUGCACAGGGUGAGACUGAAGACGGAGGUCAACCCAGUACAGCAGCGGCUGAGACCUCUACCGUACGCCGUGAGGGAAGAGGUGCGGGAUCAUCUGUUGAAGUUGCAACAGGCUGGAGUCAUCGAACCAGUCGACGCAUCCCCAUGGAUCUCUCCCAUAGUGGUGUCCAGACGGCGGAACGGGAAACUGAGGCUGUGUGUGGAUCUUCGAGAGGUCAACAAGGCGGUGGAAGCCAGCGGACAUCCACUCCCCGACAUGCAGGACAUGUUGGAGCAGCUUCAGGGUGCAACCAUCUUCAGCAGCCUUGACAUGAAGUCAGCAUACCAUCAGCUGGAUCUACAUCCGGAUUCAAGGUCGCUGACGACGUUCAUCACCCAUCAGGGACUGAUGAGGUACAGGAGGUGUCCCUAUGGGCUGAAGAGUCUGCCACAGGCGUUCCAGAAGGUGAUGGAAGCCAUCCUACGUGGUCUGGAAGGAGUGCAGGUGUACCUAGAUGACGUCAUCAUCUACGCUGCGACCUCCAACCAGCACGAGAGGCGACUGACGGCUGUGCUGAAGAGGCUCAGGGAGCACCAGAUCACGCUCAACAUCGAGAAGUGCAAGCUGAGGAGAGAGCAAGUGGAGUUUCUGGGGUUCAUCAUCUCCAAGCAGGGGGUGGCAGUGAACCCAGACCGCAUCAAGGCUCUCCGAGAACUGCGAGCACCUGCUAGCCUGAAGGACCUGCAGGCCAUGCUUGGCUUGUUCGGCUUCUACAGCCGAUUCGUGCCGGCGUACAGCACGCUAGUGGAGCCACUGCGGUGUCUGCUGAGGAAGGGGGCGCCACCCUUCCAGUGGACUGGCGAACUUCAGGCGGUGAUGGACGACGUCCGGCAGCGGAUCCUGGGCAGCAGAGCGCUGGCCAUGUACGACCCAACGCUGCCGACCCGAGUCACCACAGACGCCAGUGACGUGGGAUUGGGGGCCGUGCUCUCUCAGGCUCACCCGGACGGAGAGAGAGUGACGCUGAUGACGUCACCGGGGGUGGGCCGAGCCGGCCUACGGGUGGCACGGUGGGCGUCACGUCUCAUGGCAUACGACUUCACCGUGGAGCAUGUCAGAGGCGGUGACAACCCAGCUGAUGGCCUCUCACGACUGCCAGGAGCAGAGGAAGGCGAACUGGAUGAUGAUGUCGUGGCGGUGGCGGCGGUGACUGCCCAGCUCGGAGCAGUGCAGCGGGACGAGCUGCUGGAAGCGACACAGACUGACCCAGUGCUGUGCCAGCUGGUGCAGCAGAUCCCACGGCGGUGGCCGCGACGGCGCCGCGACUGCCCGGCAGAGCUGCAGCCCUUCUACAACUGCCGAGAGGAGCUCAGCCUAGUGGGAGACCUGGUCGUCCGUGGUCAGCGGGUGAUCGUGCCGGCGGCGCUGCGGACGAGGAUGGUGUCCCUGGCUCACGAAGGACAUCAAGGGAUCGUCCGAAGUAAGCAGCGGGCUCGUGACAUCUACUGGUGGCCCAAGAUGGACACGGACAUAGAAGAGGCGGUGAGAAACUGCGACGUGUGUGCCGACGUGGACAAAUCGGCUCGGACUCGCAGUGCGCCGCUACACCCUGUGCCGCUGCCAGGAGCGGCAUGGGAGAAGGUGGGCGUGGAUUUUAUCGGUCCAAUGGAAGCGCGCCGCCAGCACCAAUACGCAGUAGUGCUGGUAGACUACUUUUCCAAAUGGAUAGAAGUCGGCUUCUGCACAGAACCCAGCACGGAGGCGGUGGUGCAGUUUCUGGAGACGUUAGCAUCUCGAGAAGGUUACCCGAAGGAGCUGGUGUCCGACAACGGGACACACUUCACCUCAGCAGCGUUCGCAGACUACCUGAGGAGUGUCGGCACGCGCCACAUCCGCGUCACGCCGUACCACCCUGCCGGGUCAGGUGCGGUGGAGCGUGCGAAUCGCACUGUGAAAAGUGCUCUCCAGGCGGCGGACCGGAGCGGCGAAGAUCGAGCGUGUUAUCUGCAGAAGUUUCUGCAAACGUACAGGAGCACGCCUCACGCCACGACGGGGCUGAGUCCAACCGAGCUUCUGCACGGACGGAAGCUGAGGACACGUCUGCACGCGGCGGCUCUUCCCACGGAAGAACCGCAAGAUCGUGAGCUGCGAGACAGAGUGCAGAAGAGGCAGAAGAAGCAGAAGAGGUACGCUGACGAGCGGCGUGCAGCUGAGACACCACGGUUCCAGGUCGGCGACUGGGUCCGGUGCCGGCUGGUGCCGCGUCCCAAGAAGGGACGGCCACGGUACUCCGAGCCGAGACGGGUGGAGUCUCGCCUGGGACCAGUCAGCUACAGGCUAGAUGACGGUUCCCGGAUCCACGCAGAGCGGCUGACGACAGCUCGGGCGCCGCAGCAGUCUCAGGCUGAGCUGCACGUGGAUCAAAGCGGCCAGCCGGGGGCUGGUCAGCGGAGUGCGGUGUCUCCGACGUCUGUGCCUCGCCGCGGGGAGCGGCUGGAGGCCGACGACUGGCGGCACGCGGAGGACGACGUGCCACUGGAGGACGGACAGGCUGUGUCACUGGGGGUCGGCCGGCGACACACCGAGGCCAGCCGGGGUCCCGCGGAGGACGGCGUGGCUGUGUCACCGGAAGACGCAGAGGACGCUCGGGAGCGGGAGGCGUCACCUCCGGCGACGGAGCGGCAGGCAGAGCAACAAGACGCUGGCGUGCUGCUGUCGCCGCGCGAGGCAGCGAGCGGUGCUGGGCUGGUGGCGGUCGAACCUGCUCUCCAGCCGGGCGCGAGAGUGAACUCCGGGACGCAGCCGGUUGUGGGGGUGGCGCUGAGGGCGAGUGACGUGUCCGUAGGCCGGCCGGCGGGGCAGUCGGUUGGCGACGGUGGUCACGGAUGGUGA